GGGGGGGGGUAUGAAGCCCAUGAAUAGAAAAGAUCCAUCUCAACGGUGACCAAGCCCAAAAGGAAUUUGACCCAACAACAGCCCAAAAGGAAAAAGUGAAUCCAAUUCAAAACCUUUCACUAUUCUGAUUUCUUUUUUCAUCGUAAUUUGUGAAAGCGCUCAAGUCUCAAGUCAAGAGUGUGUGAUACUGUGAUCUUUGCAGUAGGUUGCUUAUUUUGGAAUUUUUUGUUGAAAUUCUUCUUGCACUGUUCUAAAGUCUCUUAAAUUCAAUUCCAAUACGUAGUAAAUUGAAGGUGCAUGUAGUGUAGUGUAUUCUUCAAAUUCCAUUAAGCUAUUUACGAAUGGACAGAAAAGUCAUCUUUCACCUAACAUUUCAAAAUCUUGCAUUCAAAGUUUCACACAAAAUGAAUCUUCCCAAAUUUUCAAAGUUAAUUAAUUAAUUAAAUUAAGUUAACCAAAGUACCAUUCCUUUACCUUUGAUCCUUACUUAGCCUUUCUUUCUAAUUCACGCAUUACUAAUCUGCAAGCCAAAGCAAAAAUCACAACCCAAAAAAGUAACACAAGAAAAAUCAGAAAUCCUAAAGUUUUGAAUAUUAAUUAAUUAUAAAAUUAAUUAAUCCCAAUAUUUAGAUUAUGAAUACGAUUCGGAAGGAACUUUGCUGGUUGGUUUCUCAAUUUUCCUUAGGCUUCACUCUCAAAUCUCCUAGGUUACUGAGAGUGUAUAUAUAAUCAUGAAGAGGUUCUUCACAAGUUGUCUCUCAAAGUGUCACAAGAAAUCUCACUCUGAUUCUGAGAUAAUGGCAGAAAGAAUCUCUAGUGAAAGUUGGAGCAAUGCUUAUAAUAUUUUGAUGAAUCAUGACUUCUCUGAUGGUCUGAACUAUUGGUAUCUCAAUUGCUGCGAUGGCUACGUAAUUUCGGGUGGUGCAGGUGAUCAAGGUGGAAUUUUGAUGGACUCGGAUCAAAAUUAUGCUGUUAUCACCAAACGAAACGAAUGCUGGCAAGGUCUCGAGCAAGAUGUCACAGAGAGAAUUUCCAUUGGUUCCAUUUACAGGGUUUCGGCUUUUGUUGGAGUAUCUGGCCCUUCUCAGGAAUCUGCUGAAGUAAAAGCUACACUGAAACUAGAAUAUGAUGAUUCAGCUACACAAUAUUUGUUCAUCGGAAGAACUUCAGUUAUAAAGGGUAGCUGGGAAAAGUUGGAAGGAACAUUUUCGCUGUCUACUAUACCGAAACGGGUUGUAUUUUAUUUGGAAGGACCUGCUCCUGGAGUUGACUUGUUUAUAAAAUCAAUAGUGAUCAAUUGUUCCAGUCCAAAAAACAAAGCCACAAGCACAGAAGGAUGUGUUUCUACUGAAGAUGAAAAUAUCAUUAUAAACCCUCAAUUUGAGGAUGGCCUGAAUAAUUGGUCGGGAAGAGCCUGCAAGAUUGUGUUGAAUGAUUCCAUGGCAGAUGGGAAAAUUGUCCCAAAGUCUGGAACAGUCUUUGCGUGCGCAGCAGAACGAACACAAGCCUGGAAUGGAAUCCAGCAGGAGAUAACUGGACGUGUGAAGCGCAAGUUGGCCUAUGAGCUCACUGCUUUAGUUCGGAUAUAUGGCAACAAUGUCACAAGUGCUGAUAUACGGGCUACUUUGUGGGUUCAAACACCAGAUCUCCGGGAGCAGUAUAUAGGCAUUGCAAAUGUGCAGGCAACAGAAACAGAUUGGGUGACGCUGCAGGGAAAAUUCCUUCUAAAUGGUUCCUCAUCAAAAGUGGUCCUUUAUUUAGAAGGCCCUCCACCUGGAACGGACAUUCUUGUCAAUACUUUGGCUGUAAAACAUGCUGAUAAAGCAAUUCCUUCGACACCAAUAGACGUAAAGAAUGUUGCUUUUGGCGUCAAUAUAAUUGAGAACAGCAAUCUGUCUGAUGCCACCAAAGGAUGGUUUCCCCUUGGCAAUUGUACUUUAACUGUUAAAACUGGUUCCCCUCAUAUAAUUCCACCUAUGGCAAGAGAUUCUCUUGGACGUCACGAACUCCUAAGUGGUCGCUACAUACUUGUAACAAAUAGAGCACAAACUUGGAAUGGUCCUGCUCAGGUGAUCACUGAGAAAUUGAAGCUAUUUUUGACUUACCAAGUAUCUGCUUGGGUUAGGAUUGGUUCUGGUUCAAAUGGGCCUCAGAAUGUGAAUGUUGCCAUUGGUGCUGACAACCAGUGGAUCAAUGGAGGACAAACCGAAAUUUCAGAUGACAGGUGGCAUGAAAUUGGUGGAUCAUUCAGAAUUGAGAAACAACCAUCAAAGGUUAUGGUUUAUAUUCAAGGUCCUGCUUCUGGUGUGGACUUGAUGGUUGCUGGACUUCAGAUUUUCCCUGUUGAUAGACAUGCAAGGUUUAGAUAUUUGAAGAUACAAACAGACAAGAUUCGUAAACGUGAUGUUGUACUGAAAUUUUCUGGGCUGGACUCUAGCAGCUACCUUAACACCAUGGUGCAAGUUAGACAAACACAGAACGAUUUCCCGAUUGGAACAUGCAUCAGUAGAUCAAACAUUGACAAUGAAGAUUUUGUUAACUUCCUUGUGAAACACUUCAACUGGGCUGUAUUUGGAAAUGAGUUGAAGUGGUAUUGGACUGAGCCACAACAAGGGAAUUUUAAUUAUAAGGAUGCUGAUGAUCUUUUAAGCCUGUGUCAAAAGUACAAGAUCCAAACUCGUGGACAUUGCAUCUUCUGGGAAGUGGAAGAAACUGUUCAGCAAUGGAUUAAGUCACUGAAUAAAAAUGAUUUGAUGACGGCUGUUCAAAACCGUUUAACCGGUCUUCUGACUCGCUACAAGGGUAAGUUCAAUCACUAUGAUGUUAACAAUGAAAUGCUGCAUGGUUCAUUUUACCAAGAUAGGUUAGGCAAAGAUAUAAGGGCAAACAUGUUCAAGACUGCAAACCAACUAGACUCGUCUGCUACGUUGUUUGUGAAUGAUUAUCAUAUUGAAGAUGGAUGCGACACAAGAUCAUGUCCAGAUAAAUACAUUCAACACAUCCUUGAUUUGCAAGAACAAGGUGCACCAGUUGGUGGAAUUGGAAUUCAAGGUCACAUAAAUAGUCCAAUUGGGCCUGUUGUUUGUUCUUCGCUUGAUAAAUUAGGUAUUCUUGGUUUACCUAUAUGGUUUACGGAACUUGAUGUAUCUUCUAUGAAUGAAUAUGUGCGAGCUGAUGAUCUUGAAGUUAUGCUUAGAGAAGCUUUGGCUCACCCUGCUAUUGAAGGGAUAAUGUUGUGGGGAUUUUGGGAGUUGUUUAUGAGUAGAGACAGUGCACAUUUGGUGAAUGCAGAAGGUGACAUUAAUGAAGCUGGAAAAAGGUUUCUAGCUUUGAAACAAGAGUGGCUAUCUCAUAGUCAUGGUCAUGUUGAUGAGCAAGGUCAUUUCAAUUUCAGAGGGUUUUAUGGAACUUAUAAUGUGGAAGUUGUGACACCAUCAAAGAAAAUUGCUAAGACAUUUGUGCUUGAUAAAGGCGACUCUCCAAUGGUGGUAUCUAUUGAUUUAUAAGAAAGUAUAUUACUAUGAAAGAAUUAAUGUGUGAAUUUCUUUUUAUCAUUGUAUUUGAUGAAACGCAGUGGUGUUGUAUACUGUAAUGUUGUCUCGACUGUUGUCUAUACUGUGUUCUGCAUGCUACUAUUGGCAAAUAAAUAAAAUGGUUUUGUUUAUGCGUCA